GGAGUAAAUUAUGGGUUGACAUAUUCUGAAUCAGAACGGCUGUGUGUAAUGAUUAUGGCAAGUACCUCAACCCGGUGGAAAGCAAUUAGAAGGCCUGAAACUGUGGCCCCGGUGAGAGCAUGGACAGUGAAAGCUAUGAUGAAAGUCACAUUUGUUCAGGAAAAGAAGUCAUCAAAGCAGCUUAUUUUCAUUAAAAGAUUGGUUUACUUAUAUAAAAAGAAUAAAAGUAUAAACUGAUGCAUACCUGUAUACAUAAUACAAUGGGUAGAAUGAAAUGGUUGCCGAACCGGAAUAGUGGUUAGUGACGCUGACUGCCGUACUGAAGGGCCUGCAUUUGAAUCCUGGAGAAGGCAUGGAUGUUUGUAAAUGUAAAGUGCAGCAUGGAAGCACUCUAAAUAUGCAGCAAGCCGGAAGUCCUCUUGAGUGGUAGGGGAAGAGGGGUGGGAGACCCGUCUUCAAAUUUUCAGAUCAAUAUUGACAUCAAAACUGGACAAAGUCAUACUGUCACCCGUAUGGUGCCCAAAGCUCUUGUCAAUGACAGGCUGAAUCUUGACUCCUUGCCACGAUGAAUUUUGUGGGCUUGCUCUGAUUCCAGAGACCUGAUCGGGUGGGAUAAGUCCCAACAACAACAGAUUCAAAUGAUUUCAGUUGGUGUGAUGGAUAUUAAAAACAGACUUAAUGCCUAACAGAGUGGGUAACAUCUCUACAAAAAUGUCAGAGGCUUUGUUCACCAUCGAACAAAUUGAGUUACUGAGGAGAUUACGGAACAGUGGAAUAACAAAGGAACAAAUAACUAUAGCGUUUGACCAAAUGGACCGCCUUGAUGCAGAGCUCGGAAGACCAUCGACUUCCUCUAUCCGCCCCAAUAUACCUCAUUAUAAUCCAAAUGUCUGCUCAUCUUUACAAACCAUAGACAGAAUUGAACGAGAUCAGGACUCUAACCCUGCUUCUGUCCAUGGCCCAAUUCCAAAUGGAGUGUCAAAGACUGAUGUACCUCCUCCACUCCAGCCUUUUUAUAAGCAAGGAGAGCUACAGUCUUAUUCCCGCCCCCACAGUAGCAGUAACUCUUCUACAGAUGGGGUUACAGAUGGAGGCAGCAGUACCCAAAAUGGGGAUGCUUCGCCUUCAGCCGUUGCCAACUCAUCAGUCGCCUCGCCUACCUCCCGACUGUCAAGCGAAUUGACAAUAAUACCUCUUUCCUCAUCGGCAUCAUCAGUUCCUGUAUCCUACUCCUCGGCCGAUGGAAUUACAGUACAAAGCCACAUUUACAACAACCGUUCGGCCGAAGGAGCUUUAAACUGCGUCCCCAUUCAAUGCUUAGUCAAUCCCCUCGAUCUUUUGCAAGAUGAGUGCUAUGAACUGGACGAGCUUAAGAAGUAUGUGAUUCGAAUUUUUAUAUUCUGUAAUCUCUAAUAGUGGAUGAUUACAUUGCUUAAAGAAGGGGGAAAAUGUGUUUUAAGUAUUUUAAUUAUAAAUAUUAUAUUUUAAAUGCUCUUGGGCCAUUUUACCUGGAGCAGAUUCACAAAUCUCUAUAUGUAUUUUUCCAAAAAUGCUAGGAACAAACAACUUUGCAGGCACUAAUAUAUAUGUAUUAUUUGUUAGAUAAUUUUGUUACUGCCUGAAGA